AUGGCAAGGAGGGCAUCGUCGCCGGUCGCGGGCGACAGUAUCUCACGAAGCAGCGUAAAGAGGGAAAGGGAGCUGCAGAAGCGUAAGCUCUCUUCGGGACAUGGAGACCCGCAUGCACGCAGACGAAUUAGCAUCAAUGACGACGAAAGGGAGCACGAGGACGUCUUUCACCUUAGGCAGCUUCUCUCGACGCGAGGCACAAAUGGUGAUGCUGCGCCGAUCACUCUUCAGGCAUACGAGGAGGCGCUCGUCAAUGAUGAGGACAUGGCAAAGAGGAUGGCUAUGCCCGCAUCUGAGUCUUCCUCGUCUGGACCUGGCUUCCUCAUUCCCUGGCGAGGCAAGGAUGCCGAGGGAAGAGACGUAGAGAUUUGGACGGACAGGUACGAUGCAUUGCACCUCCUAAGCUGUCAGCCGCCAGAUUCCAUCUCGACUGCGUCUUCGCCCAAGGCGAGUCACAAAGAAGACGCACCCCUGCCGUCUCAGCGGCCCACUUCACCUGGAUGGUCGGACCUAGACUCAGACAGCGAAGAUAUGUACUUCCUCACAGCAAAGCAGGUCAAGGCACACUAUACCGAAAAGCACCGACGGCGGCUCGCCAGUCUCCGUGAGCAACGAAUCUCGGCCCUCGAAGAACAAGAACGAGCACAGGAAAGGCCAUGCAGGGCUAUGCAAGAAUCUGGAGAAGAUCAAGAAGAAGAGGCAGUCAGCCAGGCUCAGAUGGACCUCAUGAAGCGGACAGCGAGAGCGAUGCGGGCCGCGGGCAACCCAAAGGUCCUCGAGAUGAAGAUCCUGGCUAACCAUGGCUCCGAUGGUCGCUUUGCCUUUUUGUCGAGCAAGGCCAAGGGAAGGGCAAGAGAGGUUUGGCAAAAGCUCUUGAACGGCGUGGAGGAUGUCGAGGAGCGGGAGGAGGGAAAAGGGUCGACGAGGAUGGGGAUGGGUCAGCUCGCAGGCUAUGAAAGCGAAAGCGACGAUGGCGACGACAACGAUGACGAAGGGGAGGAAAUUCACAGGCAACAGUCACCAAAAGCCUUAGGGGACAAAGAAGCAGAGGCCAGAAAAAGAGAGGCGCGAUUGCAGAGGGCGCGAGAAUGGAGCAAGAGACGACGCGAGGAGGAGAAUGCGAGAGGAGAAGACGUAAUGGAAGGUGGCUAG